AGGUUGUGUUGUCGUCGCCUGUCGGUGUUUGUUGGUGCGGGUGUUAUUUUUUUAAUAAGAAUAUCUUUCAAGAGAAAUUUUAUAUAUAAAGUAAUUCGUAUUCACUGUGAUUUUGUGGGCAAAUCGAAAGCAAAUACCAUUUGUGAAUAAAAUAGAAAAAGGAAUUGUGCGCACGAAUUGUUUUAAAUUAAAACAAAUAAGAAAUAUAAAAGGUUUUUGCACACACACACUCACACUAUAUAAUUCUAAACUACACCGCUAGCCACCUACAAUUAAAAAGGAAAUCCACGUGAACUGCGAAUGUAUCUAAGAAAUAUACAAAUAGAAAAAAAUCCAAGCAGUUGAAAAAUUGUUAGUGAAGUGAAGUGAAGGGGCAGCCAGAGUAGUGGUGACCUGUGCGCUUGUAUUUGUUGUCUUUUCUACGCGCGCGUCUGUGUGUGUGUGUGUGUUUUGUGUGUGAGCCGCGUGUGUUUCCCUCCCCCAUAUCGCAGGCAAGAGUGCGAAGAGUAGCAGUAUAUCGUUAUGGGUAAACAAAAAAUUUAUUGUGCAAAGUGCACAAAGAAAUGUUCCGGCGAAGUUUUGCGCGUGGCGGACAAUCAUUUUCACAAGGCGUGCUUCCAGUGCUGUCAGUGCAAGAAGUCUCUGGCCACCGGCGGUUUCUUUACAAAGGACGGCUCCUACUACUGCAUACCUGACUACCAGCGCCUGUAUGGCACCAAAUGCGCAACCUGCCAGCAGUAUGUCGAGGGCGAGGUGGUCAGCACCAUGGGCAAGACGUAUCACCAGAAAUGCUUCACGUGCUCCAAGUGCCAGCAGCCCUUCAAGUCCGGCAGCAAGGUAACCAACACCGGCAAAGAGGUGCUUUGCGAGCAUUGCGUAUCCGGUGGCAUGCCACCGAAUGCUUCGCCUUCGCGUCAGGCGGGCGUUGCCUCACCUGCGCCGCCGGCGGAGAGUCCCACGCGCGCCACCGCGCAUCAGCAGAUGACGGGCGGCGUCUUGUCGCACAAGGCGCAAAUGAAGGAGGACUAUGAUCCCAAUGACUGCGCCGGCUGCGGUGAGCUGCUGAAGGAGGGCCAAGCGCUCGUCGCCUUGGACCGGCAAUGGCAUGUCUGGUGCUUUCGCUGCAAGGCCUGCAAUGCUGUGCUGAAUGGCGAGUACAUGGGCAAAGAUGCGGUGCCAUAUUGCGAGAAGUGCUACCAAAAGAGCUUCGGCGUCAAGUGCGCCUACUGCAAUCGCUUCAUCAGCGGCAAGGUGCUGCAGGCCGGCGACAAUCAUCACUUCCAUCCAACCUGUGCCCGCUGCACCAAGUGCGGCGAUCCCUUUGGCGAUGGCGAGGAAAUGUAUCUGCAGGGCAGCGCCAUUUGGCAUCCGCGCUGCGGUCCCGGCCCCUCCGAGUCCGGCAUCAUACUGAACGGCCGCCCAGGCACCACCUCCGUCACCGGUGGCGUCUCCAAUGGCAACUUUACAGACACCGAAUGCGAUCGCAUGAGCUCCAGUGCGCUCAGUGACAUGUACAUCCGUUCCAGAACACCGAGCAUUAAUGGUUCAGUUUAUUCCUCUAGCCGCAAGCAUUAUCGCACAGUUAGUCCGGGGCUGAUAUUGCGCGAAUAUGGACGACCGAAUGGCGAGGAUAUUUCACGCAUAUAUACCUAUAGCUAUCUGACAGAUGCGCCGCAUUAUUUGCGCAAGCCAAUCGAUCCGUAUGACAAGACGCCGCUGUCGCCGCACUUCCAUAGGCCCACAUCCUAUGCGACGGUGAGCAAUGCGGGCUCUGUGGCGGGCAGUCGACCACCAUCGCGUCCACAUUCGCGCACGCGCAGCGCCAUGAAGGUGCUGGUGGAUGCCAUACGCUCGGAGACGCCUUCGCGGCCCAAGAGUCCGGGCAUGAACAACGAAGAACCAAUUGAGCUGUCGCACUAUCCCGCGGCCAAGAAGCCACCACCAGGCGAGCAGCCUAAAAUCGAACGCGAUGAUUUCCCAGCGCCGCCGUAUCCCUACACAGAUCCGGAGCGCAGGCGGCGCUAUAGUGACACCUACAAGGGUGUGCCCGUAUCGGAUGAUGACGAUGAGAACGUAGAAAACGGACAGCAGCUCAAUGGCAAGGUUAAGAAUGGCGAGGAGCAAACACGCCUGCAACGCGAGGCGGAGCAGUUGGAGAAGCUUAACUCGGGCAUUGGCUCAGCUAUAGCCAAGGAUCUGAAGGAGCACGCCAAGUACAGAAAAUGGAAGCAAAACAACUUGGAUCCGCGAAAUGCCUCGCGCACACCCUCCGCCUCCAAGGAGCCGCUCUACAAACUGAGAUAUGAAUCGCCACUUGGCGCCUCGCCGUCGCGUAACUUGGAUCACCAGAAGCCUUUCUAUGAGGAUGAGAUGUUCGAUCGCUCGACUAGCUAUCGCGGUUCGCUUGGCAAAUCCCUGGGCAAUGCGCCAAGCUACAAUGCCAUACAUUCCUAUCGCUCGCCGCCCAAGCCCGGAUACGGAUUCAGGACGACCACCUUGCCGCCGUAUAUACGCAACGGCUACAGCUCCGACUUCUCCUAUGGAGGCUUGGGCGACAAGACCCACAGCACGGAUCUAAGCUGCGGAAAAUCAGAGGCUUCAGUUGAUUCAAUUACUGAGGGCGACAGGCGCGCACUAAUGGGCGGCGACUUGCCCGCAUCGAGCACAUAUUCGGGCGCUUUGUCCUAUCACUAUCCUCAGGCAGGACUAAUAAGACGCAGUUUGCCCAACAUGGCGCACUCAAUGCUGGUGCAUGAGCCUGCCAAAAUCUAUCCCUAUCACAUACUGCUUAUAACGAACUAUCGUCUACCCACAGACGUUGAUCGCUGCAACCUGGAGCGUCAUUUGUCAGACAUCGAAUUCGAGCAUAUAUUGCAGUGCAACAGAUCGGAGUUCUAUAGGCUGCCACAGUGGAGGCGUAAUGAGCUCAAGCGACGCGUUAAACUUUUUUAAAGAGUUCUAGCUGGUAUUGCCUCUGCAGUAUGAGGGGGCGUGGCAGCUGAAUUUGCGACAAAACCAAAUUGAAACAAUUACCUUAAUAUUGAUGGUUCUUAAGUCUUAAGCAAGGCCAGCAAAGGCAUAUAACACGAACACCAACAAAAACAACAACAUGAUAAACUAUGCUAAUUUCACAGCCAGUUUUGAAACACGCUUUAAGUAUAAACGUAUAUACACAGCUCUGAUGAAAUAGAAAAAAGCUGAGAGAUAAAAACAAACAGUUUAAAAGAUAGGUAUACUAAAGUUCGAAGGCAGCUUCGAUUUAUUUUUUUAAGCAUUAGUUGCGCUGCAAACUAUUUAAAUUCUCUAAGAAAACCAAAAUGUAAUAACAAAAAGCUAAUUAUUUACCAACUUCGGUUUACCGAGGCUUACACACGCUUGUAGAGCUGCUUCUAAGCAUUUGUUCCUAAAGCCAUUAUUAUAAACAAUACACAUGCCUGUGUGCAUGUAGUUUGAAUUUUUGCCAGUCUACAGGUGUAAACAAUUGUAAA